GUGGCAUCCAAGACGACUCAGCAAGAAAAAACAAAGCGUAGGAAACAAAAAAAAGUGGUCUGACAGGGCAGAAAGGCAACAAAUACAAGGAUGUCAUUGGCAGCCAGGCCGGCCGACAAAAGGCCUAGAUAAAAGGGCCUUUCGAUGGUCACGCGCCACCUUUGAUGUUCGCACCGCCGUAUAAAUACGGCCACCUUCAAGCUCCACCCCCUCACUGACCCCCACCAUCUGCUACUGUUACUACUGUACUCUUCUUACCUCUUAUCUUGUCAUGACCCGUACCGCCCGUGCUACUUUCCCCAAGGCCGUCCUCAAGGACCGCUCAGAGUCCAGGUCUGGCUUUGACAAGUCCCUGCGCAAGAACGGCGCCGGCCAGCACAAUUGGGGUCGUCUCGCUGAUGAGCGCGAGCACGAGUAUGCUGCUAUGGACGACGAGGCUCUCGAACUCCAGGAGGAGUUUGAAGAAGCUGCCGACGACACCGGGAGUGUUAGCGCGGCAUCCGAUUCCACUUCCGAGUCUAAGCCCACACCAGCUAGGGCUUCCUCCAUGUCCGAGGAGGAAAUAGAAAUCGCCAAGCAGUUCAGGAAGAAGGCCCUCAAGGGAGAAAUUGAUCUUGCGGCCAUUGCUCGUACUUCCUCUGCUGUUUCCACCUCGCCCCCUACCUCCAAGACCGUACAGGUCGCUGCCUAAUUUUAUUCCUGCAUCCCUAUAACCUAGUUAUCACCACUUGCCACCCUCUUUGUCUUUUCAGCUUAUCGAACUGAAGAUCCCCACUUGUAGUGUACUUGUAGUAUCGUUUUGC